AGUAUAAGAUAGGUUUGUUAUCUCCCGUUAUAGAAGAAAAUCGCAUUAAUACACCAAUAAAAGCAUAGAAUGGGGAGAAGAAGACUAUUAUCACAAUAUCAGCCAACUGCUGGCGUUAAUGCAGAUUUUGAGAAACUUCUUCAGCAAUUCACAGCAACUGAGACUGUUAGAUUUGAAAAAUUUUCUGAAAUUUGGCGUGAACUGAAAAUGAGCUUCAUCUUUGCUGGCAGAGACUCGGAAAGAGAAUGCCGAGAGUAUACAGAAGAAAUGAUGAAGUGGGCUCUGAAGUAUUUAUUACCUCCAUAUAACUUUCAAGUACGGGUUGGAGGAUUGUAUCUGUUGUAUGGAUUGUUUAAUCAACAGCCAUUGGUGCGGAAAGUAAGGAUAAGGGUGACGCCUGAAAAAUGGAAAGAAAUAAUAGAAUUCCAAACAGAGGCCAGAAGGCAGCAACAUUUAGAUGUUAAUUAUGUUUUCCAAAGACUCAGAUUUGAUGAUGCUUUCUGCUAUACAGCUACAGAAACUGAGGUGACAUUUAAUCUGAGUACUGGUACCAGUGUAAGAGAAGAGGAUACAGCACCAGAAGAAUUUAAAGAUGAACAAAGUGUAUUGUAUGAUCUGUUUUCUGAGCAGUUCUUAGAGCAAUUGACACAACUUCAUGAUCACUACCACAAUGUCAAGGUUGGAUUAGAAGGACCUGAUGCUAAUGAACCUUCAAGGUCACUCAAUGUCAUACAGACCAAUAUCGUACCAUCAUUGCUAGGGACAGUAAUGGCUUAUCAACAGAGGAAACAGCAUUUGAGAAAGGCUACAGUAUCAGACACAGAAAAUGAUGAUAUGAAUGAUGAAGAUUAUAAACCAUCUUUAGGGGACAGAGGGAAUAUAAAAUCUGAGAUCAAAGCCAAAGCUUACAGAAAUGUUGCCCGAGCCAGUAGAUCCAGACGUCACAGACAGGCUGUUGAUUCGGCUGAUGAUUCUCCUGAAAAACAACACAAACGAGGUAGAAGAAGAAAAAAUAAAUCUGAGUCUGAAGCAACAUCACCAAAAAGAAAGAAAGGAAGAAAGAAAAAUAUCAAAAAGGAAGCAGAGGAUGUUGAAGAACAUAUGGAAGGAGUCCAAAGUCCAACUAAAUCUGAUAAAAGUAUUGGUGAGGAUAAUUUGCAUACGAGAGACCAAGAAAUAAAUAAAUCAGAUACAAACCAUGAGGAAAUGGGAGAAAGGGAGACAAGUCAAGGGGAUGUACUAUUGCACAUGCCGUCUUUUGAUACUGAACCAUCAACGUCUGGUACCCAGCAGUCUUCUCCCAAAAAGAAACUGGAAAGUCCUAAGGUUAAAAAGAAAGUGCAGAAAAGAAAAGGUGUUAAAGGAAGAAUGCCAAGUGUAAAAUUACAGCCAUUGGAGAAAAAGACCAAGGGAAAGACAAAAAUCAAAAAAGAAACCAUGACUGAAGAGAAGACAUAACUUACAACAUGCAAACAAUUAUAUCAUAUGUACGUUUAUCAUAUCCUCAUUAAAAAUAAAUAAUUAUUGUUAAA